AUGAAAGCACAUUAUUGUGAGGCGGAGAAAAUUCGUGGCCGUGAGGAAACUUUGGGGGCUGUAAGUAAAUAUCGAAUUCGAAGGAAAUUUCCGUUGCCAAGAACUAUUUGGGAUGGAGAAGAAACUAGUUAUUGUUUUAGGGAAAGUUCUCGAGCAAUUCUUCGUUUAUCUUAUCGAGAAAAUCCUUAUCCAUCACCGAAAGCUAAAAAAGAAUUGGCCGAAAGAACUUCAUUAACCCAAACACAAGUAUCUAAUUGGUUUAAAAAUAGAAGGCAAAGAGAUAGAGCUGCUGGAGGGUCUAGGUAAAAGUUUAAAAAGAUUUAAUAGAAAGAAUGCUCCAAGAAGUAAACAACAAAUUUGUAAGAAUUUUAGAGUUUCUGCGCUUGGAACUUUUAACACCCAUAUUUUCAUUUCAUAUCUAUC